AGACGCUUGUAUUGAAAAAGAAAGUAGAAAACGUGUUUUCUUUUGUAUUGAAAGCUCCCCGGUUGAGUCAGCGUUUGCAAAAUUUUUAAAAAGCAAAACAACCAAUUAGUUGAAAUUAGGUUGCCAUAUUUUACUUGAGCACAGGCUAAAAUGAUCAAAAUCUUGACACUUGUUCUAGUUAGAGAUGGAAAGAGAAUUUUACUUGGAAUGAAAAAAAGAGGAUUUGGUGAAGGAAGGUGGAAUGGAUUUGGUGGAAAAGUCGAAAAGCAAGAAACUGUUAUUGAUGGUGCAAAAAGAGAAUUAAGAGAAGAAUGUGGUCUGGUAAGUAAUAUCCUGGAGAAGAUAGGUUUGUUGAAAUUUGAAUUUGUUGGAGACCCACAGCUAUUGGAGGUCCAUGUGUUUACAACAGAACAGUUUACUGGUACAGUAGAAGAAUCUUCAGAGAUGAGACCAGAGUGGUUUGAUACCACUAAUAUUCCAUUUGAUAAGAUGUGGCCUGAUGAUAAAUUAUGGUUUCCACUGUAUCUAAAGGGUCAAAAGUUUUCCGGUUACUUCCUGUUUCAAGGUCAUGACAAUAUACUAAAGUACACAUUAGAUGAAGUUGAUGACCUCUAAAAUUGACUCCCUCAGAUUAUGCAGAUGAACAGUCAUGUAUUUAGCAAACUAAGUGAAUUUAAGAUUCAGGUAUAAAAAUGCCAUGAUGUGAAAGACUGUGUUACAUAAUAAGUAAACGGGAAGCUUAAAGAACCAACCAAUAGCUACAUUACUGUUAUAUCAAAGUGAUAAACAAGCUGAACUGUAUUGUAAAAAAGCUGUCUCAGUGGACAUGUACUUGAAAAGAGGAGGGCUUUGAAAUAAAUGUGUAAAAGUACAGAAACUUUAACAAAUUUAUCUUAAUUUUUUUCCAUGGAUUUUAAGAAAGGAAAUCUUGCAACAAUAAUUAUUACAUGGUUUAUUGAAUGUAGAUGAAACUUAGUACAUUACUAGAUCCAUGUAGAGUAGAGAUGUAUAUUUGGUUGGAUGCUUCUAGAAGUAGGAGAUUAAUUUCUACUUAACAACUUAACAGACAGUUCAAGAUUUAUGUAUAGUUCAAAUGUAGUAGCUCACACAUUGUUUUAGAAUACUUGAAAAGUAUGGAUUUGAUAUAUACAUAUUAACCUAAAACCCCUACACACACUUGACAAACCUUAAGAAAAGAAACAGUACUUUUAUUCCUGUUCUUCAUCUCUAAGUAUUUAUGAAGUCUUCCACAGAGAUCAAAAACUAACACCUCACUGAAUGCAAUGAUAAGGGUGGAGUUCUUAUUUUUUUAAAUUAGUAAUGUUACACUUUUGCAUUAAAGACUGACACUGAGGUGAGUAACUUUCAACAGUUAAUAAACAUAUUUCAGUUUAUAACAGGCAAUGCAAUUUAACAAACACUUUCAUAAUUAAAUAAUAUCUUUGUAAAAAAAAAAAUGCAAACAAUCACAGGGCACAUCAAGAUAUAUUUUGGAUAACCUGGCAGAUAAUAAAGUUUGGUUUGGGCAAAUUAAGUAGAUGGACCACAUAAUUUCAACAUGUCGUGUCAUGGGUGAGUUAGGAGAAUUACAGAAAACGGUACUAUUAAAGUUAAUAUUUUUUAUUCUUUUACCACUAUGUUAUACAAUAGUAUAGGUGUAUAAAA